GUCAUCAUGUACUCAGUCAUGGCGGAAUAAAGCGGUUGAACCAUCUCUCCCCCCCUCUCAUGGUGGUUAGUUCAACUUCAAUUCAUUUUCUUGUCUAUAUCAACAGUUACCAACUACUCCCUCCCCACUCCAAUUCAACAUCAUACGUUGAAAACCAACUUCUCCUAAUCCUCAACUACAAUUCACACAACCUCAAAAAACCAAACCCUCAAUUCUCCGCACCCUAUAAAUCAACCUUAAACUAACUGCGUUCUUCAAUUCAAUUCAAUUCAUCGUCAGACGUAAUAAUGUCAACGUCGUCGUCCAUGAAUGUCCUGGCGGAGAAGCUGUCGUGGUACUGCGCUUUGUUGGUGGCGCUCAUGCUGGUUCUGAGCUGCUGCGAGUCGACGGAGAGCGAGUUCGCCGCCAAGAUGAUGGUGGAAACGCCGCCGCACGCGGCGGCGGGGGGUUGCGACGAGAUUUACGUGGUGCGGGAAGGGGAAACGCUGCAUACCAUAAGCGAUAAGUGCGGAGAUCCUUUCAUCGUUGAAGAGAAUCCUCAUAUUCAUGAUCCCGAUGAUGUUUUUCCUGGCUUAGUUAUCAAGAUUACUCCGUUCAAGCAGCGUCUCUAGUUUAUAUAUAUCAUCCUAUAAUAUUAUGUUUUUUUUUUUUUAUUAUCACCAUGUAGUAUUGUAAAAAAAAAAAAAAUUGUUCACAAUUUAUCAUUCAAGAAUCAACUGAAUUGCCUGUUGUCUUGUCUCCCUAAGUGGUGGUUUGUAAAGAAAUGAAUUACCCGUUUUACUAGCUAGGCAUGCAUGGCCUAUGUGGUACAGUAUUUAAGUUUACAUAGCUCGAUUUUAUAUGAGUAAUAAUACACCUAUUUUUAUUUUUUACUUCAUUUUUUACUCUCAACUUAGGCGUCAUAUUCUUAUUAAUAUUAUUUUUCUCUUCUAUAAAUCUAAUCAUAGACACAUGACGGAAGUUUUACCGUAGGAGUACAUGUAUCAUUUACCAUUUUAUAUAUAAGGUUGUAUU